AUGUCUGGGAAGGGAAAAAAGUUACAACCGAGGUUUGUAGGGCCUUAUAAGGUUGUUCAACGCGUGGGGAAUGUAGCAUAUAAGUUGGAAUUGCCACCGAGUUUGUCUCGGAUGCCUAACGUGUUCCACGUGUCUAUGCUUAAGAAGUACCAUCCAGACCUUUCUCAUAUUUUACAACUGGAAAGUAUUGAAAUUGAUGAGACUUUGACCUAUGAGGAGAAACCGGUAAAGCUUCUGGAUAGGAAGGUGAAGAAAUUGAGGAAUAAACGGAUACCGCUGGUAAAAGUUCUUUGGAGGAACCACGGGCAAGAGGAAGCGACCUGGGAAGUCGAAGAAGCAAUUCGAGGAAAGUAUCCAGAUCUAUUCGCCAAUCAAGAAUCAAGUGCUGUUUAUGGCACUGAAAACUAG